GAGAGAGAGAGAGAGAGAGAGAGAGAGAGAGAGAGAGAGAGCUGGCAGUCUGUUUGCCUUGCAUAACAUACGCUGUAGCUCUCACACAUAGGGCUAGUGAAACAGCGCAGACAAGGGGACUUCCUUUACUCUCCGAGCCCUCAGAGUGAUUGUCGAAGGAAGAGGAGGAGAGUGGAGAUCAAGGGAGAAUAGUGGACAUGGAAGAAAACACAAAUGAAAGGACUGCAUGUGUGACCUGAUAGCAGAGCUAAACCUGGACAAAGGACAGCUUGCCAGUGGAUAGAGUGAGUUACACUUAUAGUGCAGAGAGAGGGAGAGAGAGUUGUUAAAGAAAGGUUAAAACCAAUAACAGAGAAAGAUGAUUCCACAUGAAGCUCAUGAACACCUUUAUGAGAAGAGACAUGACAACGGCCAGGACUACAGUAAAAAAAGAGUUGAGGACAUUGAAAACCUUGUUAACUGACUUCUAAAACAUCCUGAGUAAGACUUGUAGGUUAAAAUACGGGAACCGCUCCAAGACCAUGAAGUCGAACCAGGAACGCAGUAAUGAGUGCCUUCCGCCAAAGAAGCGGGAGAUCUUAGCUCUAGAAGAGAAGCAGGUGCUGGUGUCAGCUGCUGUUAGUGAAAGCCAGAGCGGAGAGAAUUUGGCUUGGCUAGCUAGCGUUGCUACCAUGGCUAGCAUGGCCCACAUCCCCAACAAUGCAGGCAGAAACAGUGCCGAGCUUGAUAGUCCUCCACCGUCAAAUAAGGCUCUCACUGUGGUUACAGAAUAUCCCCCACAAACGACUACAUCUGCUGGGUUUUCAUUCUCUUCCAAUAGUUCCACGUACAGAGGAGUCUUCUCUGGGCCUACGGUGCUAACAGCUAACCCUACUGUUCUCUCCACUAGCCUUCCUCAAACCAUAGGCUCCGUUCAGUAUACACACCUUUCCCCGAACCUCCAGCUUAUAGGCCCCUAUACAAGUUACAUUUCUUCUCAGAUUGUGCCAUCAACAACCAGUCCAACACAGCCACGGAGGACACCACAAGAGGUCUUGGCCACUACAGCCGUCAUCUCCCAAGCUUCCAGCAUUGAUUCCCAGAGUCAACAUGUGAUUUCCGCAGUACCAAAUGUUUCUCACAGUCAAUGCAUCCAGGUAGAGAGUGCCCCCUUGGGUUUGACAGUUUCUUCCCCUACUGCUCAGUUGCCCCUUCAAAUUCAUCCACACUCAGCUGUUCAACUCGCCCCUCAUGGCUUGGCUCUCACCCCCUCCCAAGUGGUGCUGCAUUACACUGAUGGCUUCAUUGCAAAACAUCCAGACUCCAGAGAUGUACCAAAUGGUGCACUAGGAGAAGUUACAGUGGUAAAAAAUAGUACUUCUGUGGUAAGGGGAAUGUCCAGCCAAGCAGAAGGUGACCAGAGCCACAAACAAAAUCACAACCUGGGCCUCCAGACACAAGCUCAGGUUCUGCUCCCAGCAGACUACAGCUCUCAUGACAGAACAGGCCUGCAAACAUCGCUGAUGUUGGUAUCCAGUGGCCACCUUGCAAAUAGUAACACAGAGCUCCAAAGUAUCUUGGGUAAAGACCAUUCGUCUUUGCAUCUUAAUGAGAGAGGAGGCAUCUGCCUAGGUAAGCCAAUGUCCAGAGUGUGCACCCUUGUGUCCUCAGAUAACCAGGUGCCUCCAUCCUCCACAAUCUCCCCACAUACACUACUGCAGGCUCCUCACAACACUCCUCAACAGGAGCUCCCCACUAACCUUUACUCUGCCACACAGCUGCCAAUAAUUGGCUACAUCACUGGUGCUGCUAGUGGACCCCAGCAAGCUGGUUACCAGAGCAACCUUCCACAGCACGUGGUGAUCUCAGGCAGCCCCUCCCUGCUCAUUCCAGUGAGUGCCACCAACAUCAAUCCAUCCACUGCUGAGCCAGAGGUCACCCGCUGUUCUUUCACCCCCAGGAUAACCAAUGCAUCAACAGUUCUGCAUCAGUCCUUCAUUAAUGCAGGCCCACCUGCACCCGCAGCUUCAGUCCUACCCAAUGGUAAAGACAUCACAGGGUCCGAUGCAGGUCAUGCCCCUUGUGUCAUUCAAAGUCCGACCCAAAUACAGCUGCCUGUUCUUACAACAAGUGUAGUGGAAUCUCCAGCUCCUGUAACACCUCCAGCCUCCACAAGCCCUCACAGCUCACCAACAUCACCAUCAGCAGGCCUACCACCGUUUUUCAUGAAGGGCUCGAUUAUCCAAUUGGCAGAUGGUGAGCUGAAGCGUGUGGAGGAUCUGCGGACAGAGGACUUUGUACAGAGUGCCGAGGUGAGCGGAGAACUGAAAAUAGACUCCAGCACUGUGGAGCGUAUAGAGUUCAGCCGAACUCCUAAUGCUGUCAUCAUACAGUUCUCAGUGGGAGAGAAUAAGGCACAGGUAUGUGUAGAAGUUUUGGUGGAAUAUCCAUUCUUCGUGUUUGGUCAAGGUUGGUCGUCCUGCUGCCCUGACCGCACCACCCAGUUGCUAGCACUAUCCUGUGCCAAACUCUCUGUGGGUGAUGUUUGUAUCUCCCUCACCCUUAAAAGCUUAAAAAACAGCAUUCAAAAGAAAGAUUACUUUUCGGACUCUGUGGUGAAACACAACAGUCCUCAUCUGAAAGCAGCCAAAAGCAAUGGGCCCACUGAUGACAGAACAAACCAGAUGGAGAAUCAUAAAAGGGGAGUUAAAAUUACUUCGAGGGAGGAGGACAGUUUUGUAGACACACUGGCUGAGACCUCCAAUACCAGAAAUGUUUUGACCCUCUCUAACAAUGGUGGCAUAAGCCCUAUGGUGAACCACCAGGACCAGUCAGAAAAAACAUACACAACUGGUGCUGAAAGAGCAGUUAGCCGCAAAAGGAGAUGGUCUGCUCCAGAGAAAGGGGAAAUGAUAAGGUCAAAGGAGGACACUCCGGUUUUACCCAAGUUUUCCUAUCUCCCACACCAGCUGAAGGUCAGCAUUGAGGGCCGUUCCAGCACAGGUUCCUGAGGGGCCCCAUAGAGCAGUGGUGGGCAGUCCUCAUGCAAAUGGGUUACUUUUCCAACCAAGAAUUACUUUUAUUAGCCUUACUCUACCAAUUCAAACUCCAAGAGAUGACAAACUUGAUUAACUGAAUAAAAGAUGUUUUUGCUUGGUGUCCAAGAAGAUGCGUUGCUUCAACUACACAGAGACUCUAUACAAAACAUUCCCCAUCACUGCCAUGUACCCACACUCAGAGUGGGACUAGGAACCCGGAUUUACAUUGUACUACUUUGUUGCUUUCCUGUGACAUUCGUAUCCAGCUUACUGUAAUGUCAGUUCGUUUUACACAAAGUUGUGUGUGAUUGUGGGUUCUGUGUCAUAUUAAUUCUUAAACCUUUUAUUAGGGUUGUAUUUUGGAAGGUUUUUGACAUGUUCAGUUUUCUUCAGUCUGCUGUUUCGUGUUUAAUUUAGUCUUCUGUUACGUGUACAGAAUUCAUUCAUAAUCAGGGCCUUUACGGGAUAAGGACUGUUACAAGCAUUGAUGGCAAAAGGUUAACAUUGAUGGCAAAAGGAGUGCAUUUUGGUGAGCUAUGAGUAUGAAGCCACGUUCCAAUCAUUACUGCACCCAAUAAGCCCUUGCUUACACAAUGUUGUCUUCGAGCGACAAACCCUGUUUGAGUGAGAAUUUUAAAUCAGAACUAGGUCAAGUAUACCAUCAAGAUUCCACAAUGAAUGUGUAUUCAGUUUGUUUUAAUUCAAUUGUUGAUAGUCUUUUACAUAUGCAAUACUGAGCUUUCACAUACCUCAUAUGUGCAUUUAACAGAUAACCCAAUCAAGAUGGCCUGAUCAAAUCUGUGAUUUUUGUGGUUUUGAGUGAGAAAGCGAGAAUAUAGAGAAAUCUCCAACAUAGUCAUACUAUGACCAUGUGUAGAGAAGUUUCCACUCAAGUCAGAAUAUUAGCACUUUAAAGAAAGGUUAAGGGAAGUUGAAUGAAUGGAUGGAAACAUUCCCACCUCUGUUUUGUUACUACAGCAACAGACAGUUAUGAGUGCUGUUAGUCACUUUGUGCAUUACUACCAAUUUUAGGUGCGAAGCACUGCUCAUUUAGUAUUUUUUAAUAACAAUGUCCUUUCACCAUUUUAAGUAUUUUGGGCCUUAUUUGGUCCAGCUGCAAUAAUUAAUUCUCUCUUUAAGACACAAUGGGGUGGGUUCUCGGGCAGGUAUUAGCUUAAGCCAGGACUAGGCCUUAGUUUAAUUAGGAAAUGUAACUAGUUUUAACAAACAUGCUUUACUAAAAACAUUACUUGUGUGCAUUUAGAGGCAAAACAAAGGGCACUGAUGUAUUUUAAGAUACGUCGGUGCAGGUUUUUUUUCCAGUUUGCACAGCUCUAACAUUUAUUUUAUUUUAGUCUAGGACUAUUCUGAUCUCUGUCCGGGAAACUGCCCUAAUAUGAUCACCAUAUAUCAACGAAAUAUUUUUGGUAGCAUCCCUUUGUAACGAAACCUUCCUGUAUAAGAAAUGAAUCAAUCUAUUGGAGUUCACUUAAAUUAUAAAGAUCAAAUAACAGAUUUAAAUUUAACAAUGAGUAUAUUUAAUUUGUUAGAGUCAAAGGAAGUUCAAGGACAGCGAUGUAUAGUUUUCACAGUUGUGUUGAAACACUGUAUCCCGUAUCAUGGUAUGUAACCCUCACUGAAAAAAAAUGAUUCAUUCAAUUUACUCAAUUUUUUCAAUGUAAGUGGUUGCAAUCAAUUUAUUUUUUGUUUUGUAUUACUAAUUUUUUAGUUUUAAUAUAGCUUAAAUAAAUUGAUUGCAACCACUUACCUUAAAAAAAAUGAGUAAAUUGAAUGAAUCAUUUUUUUCAGUGCUGAUGAAUUUUUGGGAUUCUCUCAGUGUAGACAAUAUAUUUACUUCAACGUCUAAAUACAUAUUUCUAAAACAUUUUUGUGGAUGAAACAAACAGCACAAUUAGAUCUACACUUUGAACAGAAUGGUUCAAUCCCUUGCAGCCUAAUUUUGUUUAUUUUGGGUAAAAAGACUAAUGUUUAGGUUAUUUAAAAUGAUAAAUAUACAGUAAUUGCUAUAGUUCACAAAUAAAAUCGGAAGCCUUAUGGAAAUGUUUUAAGAUAUGUACGGACAACUUCACUGGUCAUUUAAAACGUGUUGUUAUGAAUUCAUAAAUAAUAUUUGAAUACAUACGAAUUUUGCCAUUUGCACAAGUAGAAUUAUUAAAGUAGAAGUAUAUGUUUAGAGUCUUAUCCUAUUCCCAGUUUGUAUUCUGAUAAGUUUAGACAUCAGUAUGAGUUGUCAACAGAUUUGAGUUGUGUUGACUGAUGUUAGAAACUAAAGCAUCGUUGUGUCUCAAAUGUAACAUUUAAAUGGAAUCACACUAGACCUCAUAUUGUUGAAAUAAUGCUUGAUUGCACAUUCAGUCCUAUUUGGAUAGAUUUAUGCACUUUUGAAGAGAGAGGACAAUGAAAGAGAUACAUUACAAGGAUAGUUGAUCAGUAGCCAUGCAUAGCUACACUAUAUCAAUGCAGUCUAUUGUAACGGUGAUGUUGGUAAGGCAGUAGAAGGCUCCACUCUAUGAUACAAUAGACUAGAAACCAUUAUGAAAGUGUCUAUGUGUCUGAAUUGUUCUUUACUUCAUAUGUAUAAUUGUUCUCUCUCUAUCUCUUUUCCUUUGUAGCUAUGUACAUUUAAGUACUCAGUGUGUUUGUGCACUGUGUGAAGAACUUUAUUCAGUAUAGUCAGGUUCAACACUGGUAGUCUUUUAUCCAGUGUGUGCUUUUUAGUUUUGACCUGACAGUGGUGAUUUAAUUCUAUCAAAUAUUCUUAAAAAGGCGACACUGAAUAAAUAGCGAAUUAUAACGUAAGUCAAACUACAUUCUCAGGUUGAGAAACCGGCCCGAUGACUGUUUUCGUUCCUGUUUAAUGUUUUGCAAAUACAUUCAGAGUUACAAAUGAAACCAAGCUGGUCCCAGUUCCGUGAUUCAUGAGAAACAACUGGAUGACUAUUGCUCCCUCUACAGCCCAUCACUGUACAUGCACCCGAUAUAUAAAAAAGCAUGACAAGUUGUGAAUGUAGCUUGCUUUGAAGAUAUGUGUUGAUAUGAAAAAUGCAACAUUCUGUUGUAUGUACAAUGCUGGGCAUCAACGAUAUGGCUUUUUUAUGAUAUAUCCAAAGACAGUCAGGACUUUGCUGUAUGCAUAUGCCUCAAUGAUGUAUAGCCAGGAAUAGUUUCAGCAAUAGCACAAGGCCUCAUUAUGGGUUGGGAGACCAAACUUGACGUCUAGAGAUCAACCUAUACAGAACACAUGCAGUCACGGAUCUCACUGGUUUUUGUUUUGAAUAUUGUUGUAAAGGGAGAUCUUUUACCUCCUGUUAAACCUCAAUCGCUGGAGUGACACCUUAAAAAAUAGCACAUAACUGAUUUCUCGUUUUCUUAUAUAUUCAGUGUAAAUUACUAUAUUUGUGUGAUUCGUUGUAUCUGUGAUAUUUUUCUCACUCUUUGAAAAGCUCCUUUUCUACAAACUGACAAAGCAAUGAAGACAAAAGGCAACCUCAACUUUUCUAACUGUGGCGUGUUUGUGUGAACAGAGCAUCCAGGACUGCUCAGUGAAGUCAGUGAUCUUUUUUUUUUUUUGGUGGUGCUUGCAAGUUUUUGUAGUUAGAGCCGUUUUAAUUUUUUUUUUUAAUGGAAAGGAAAAUCAGACUUGACUUUUGGCAAAUAUGUCCAGUUUGAUGACUUCUUGUAUAGUAAAAAUAUAUUGUAUCUGUAUAAUCUCUCAAAUAAAAUACUGCGUCAAUUUACGUUGC